CUUAGGUUCUGAUUGCGAAUAAAGUCUUUAGGAGUAAGUUUUGAGAUUUCAUUAUGGCGACCAGGCUACAGUUUGAGAACUCAUGCGAUAUGGGUGUAUUUUCUAAGCUCACCAACGCCUACUGUUUGGUUGCUAUUGGUGGUUUUGAGAAUUUCUACAGUGCAUUUGAGACUGAGUUAGCAGAUACAAUCCCUGUGGUUAAGACCUCCAUUGGCAGCACUCGCAUUAUUGGACGCUUUUGUGCAGGAAAUAAAAAUGGGCUUCUCUUGCCCCACACCACCAUUGACCAAGCAAAGAUUGCCAUUUAUUUCAGCUAUGACAUCAAGUCAAUCAUUAUCAUUUAUAGUGGAUGCAUUUCAAAUGGAAGCACCAACUUGUUGGUAUGGUUUGAAAGCAAUACUAAAGACCUCCCAAACUAACAACAACCCAAGAAGAAAAUUUUAUGCUUGCUCGAAGUAUAAAAUGGGAGAAUCAAGUUGUCAAUUCUUCAUAUGGAUCGAUAUACUUCAGCUGAUAGAGGAGAAAUUUAUAACAAGAGAGAAUGCAGUCCGACAUAGAGAGGAUGAUUUACUGUUGCGCGAGUAUGAGGUGUUGAGAAAAGAAGAUAAACUAAUACAAAGAGAGAAUGAUUUGAACAUCCAAGAGGAGGAAGUUCGAAGGCGGGUCGUAGAGAAUAGAUGUGGUCGUAUAUUAUUGUGUCUGUAUUGGAUUUGUUCUAUUGUAAUAGUUUUUGGUUUGUUUGGAUGAUAGAUGUAUCGACCAUUAUUGUAAUUGCAGAAUUUUCUAUAAAUAUUUUGUA